AUGCUGGAUACAGAGGGCCAGUGGUCAGAGGCGUUAGCCAGCAACAACAUAAAAGCCAUCAUACACUGGCUGCGGGAUUUUACAGCUGAAGGGGAGGCUGAUGUGGAGGAAAUCCUACCGACUUUCAGCUGCUGGGUACAGAGGGCAUCAGAGUUUGCCAAAAAGGAGUUAUUAACACUGUGUUUCAGCCGUUGCCAGGGCCUGUGGAUGUACCUGGACCGUAGCUCUUUCACCAGGGUGCACAUGCUGCUCCAGAGACUGAGGAACUUGCUCACUCUCGCCCAGUGGGCAAGAAGGCAGCUUGGUUCAGCCCACUUCUGGCACGGAAUGGGGGUCCCAUGCGUGGUCUGCAGGAAUACAUUCGACUACUCAGACAUCAGACGUGGCUGCUGGAACCGAGAGCACAAGGCCCUAAAGCAACACAUCUGGCUAGGGCGGCUGGUUCAGUGGUGGGGCAUUAUGGGACUUCUGCCCAAGUACCCUGAAGCUAAUGAGGUGAAACACAUCUCUCAGAUGUGGAAGGAAAUGGAUCACAGCCAUCGGAAAGCUUGUCUCAAGACACCUGGUUGGGCCGAGGGACAAUCGGAAAGAUUCAGGUCCUUGAUACAGGGUAUGCUGACUCAGCUGGAAAGACAACAUGGGUGCAUUUGGACUUCUGAAGAUGGCACAGACCAGUGCUAUCCUCCUCCUAAUCUGCAGGCCCUGCUAAAGCUUGUGUUGGUGCCUCAUAUUGACAACACGUCAGUUCAAGCCAUUCUCAUGUACUUUGUCCUGGAUAUGGCGAACUUCCUGCAGUGCAAAGACGACCUCCACCAAUCUUUCUGCCACGCUUUCACUAUUUCUUCCAGCUUUUCCCACCAAAUCAGGGCCUUCUGGAUGCUUGAUCAUGGACACAUCAAGGCCUCCAUGGAGUUAUUGCUGAGCCCCAGGGCUGCUGCUCCCUGUCUCUCCUGGCAGCAUCGCUGCAUCAUCCACUGUUUGCUAUCAAGGAAGCAGCCUCAGUUAGCGUUAAGGUACCUCCACUGGACCAGACCUGCAAUAGAGAGCGUUGAGGAUGCUAAGCUCUGUGCAGAUGUGCUACUUCAAAACAGUUAUGUAUCUGAAUCCUUGGCUCUGCUGAAGAGAAGCCACGCAAAAAGUGACAACAUGGUCAUGUACUUUCUCCAGGCUUGUAAUGGAUCUGGUCUGUGUGAGGCUUUACAGUGCAUCUCUGCAGGAUACAAUGAUGAAGGAGACAUUGAAAAUUGGACUACAAGGCCACAGUUGCCACUGAUGAUGAAAGACCCGUCAGCAGGAGGACCACCCUGCCCGCUGUCUGCCAAACUGUAUCAGGCUCAGAGAGUCAAUGCAGUGUCGCCAGAGGAACUGGUCCAACUAGUCAGAAAGGCUGUGACAGAAGCGAGAAAGCCAGAUUCUAAGAUAAGUGAGGUGGUGUUGGUGUGGCCGGAGCACAAAGCGAGAAAAUCGAACAGCAGAGAUAUGUUUCUGUCAACCCAGGCUCUCCGUCAACUCACGCCCAGCCCCUCCCCAAUGGACAGGGCAGAAGAAUCAGAGCAAACGGCACAUACAGAUGAACCAGAAAAGGAAAAGCCCGUCCAUAAUCAACCGAAGUCACCAGGGCACAUUUCUUCUUCUGGGGAUCUGAGAUCUGAGUCUGUCUCCUCCUUCGUCUCAGCCUCCUGCUUGCCUCUGUUGAGACAGGACCAUACUUAUGUCUAUGAAAGUACAUUGACUCUGCAGAGGAUCUCCUCUCUCCUCACUGAUGGAGAGAACCAAAGUGGGGAAGAGGAGGAGGAGGUAGAAGAAGAGAGCAGAAACCCUUCCUCAGUUGAUGCCCUGAAAGAUUGCCCUGAGCAGACAAUGACACUAGAUGGAGCCACAGACUCUAUUUUUGUUAGCAACUUGAACAAGGACAUUGUGGUACAGCUGGUGCUUUCUGCAGAGGAGAAAAUGGCCUGCUGUAAACGAGAAGAAAUCAUUCACAGUCCCCCAGAUGUCACUGAUCUGUGGAGCUCUGCAUUGUCACUCAACCAAGAAGAACAAUCAAACUGCAUCAGGACUGGUCAGCAGGACAUAUCCCUUCUCACCACAGUGUGUAGCUCCAUUUUCCCCACACAGCUUCAGAUCUCUGGUUGCUCUCUGACAACAAGCCUAUCCUGCAACAUCAUACCCACCUCUGCUCCGUCUGACACCACCAAUGAAAACUCCCUCAAAGCCCAUUUAACGAUGGACAAACCCUGUGUUCGAAGCACCUCCACCGGGCUCGGCCAUUGCAAAAUGGGUAGAUGGUGGGAACAAGACCUGGAGACCCGCAGAGCUUCCACAGGCCUUCUACCUGCUGCAGAGCCAGGAGCAGCUAUCACAUCAGGUGCCACGUCAAGAGCAUCCCGAUCGGCUACAUCACUGCCUGGUAUGGCAAUUGCAUCCAAGUUAAUCGUGAGGAGCUACGGAGGGUAGUGAA